AACCAAAGAAUCAAACAAAAUUUGCUCAAUUCGUGAUUGUGCUGCUUCACAUAUACCUAAAAAGUUGCCUGUGUGCGUGUGUAUUUACGCUUCUCGCAUUCGUUGAAAGAACAACAACAAUGCACGGAAAAAGAGCUUCAGUCAGCGAUUUUUUUACUUCCAACGAGCACACACUAAUACAGAAACAGCCGCUGAGCGAGGAGCGCUUUAAAACAGAAACGAAAAAAUGACAGUAGCCGAACAGCACUCAGAACAAUAACACCCAGCUAAAAUUAUAUGGCAAGGGGCAAGCGCGAAUUAAAGUAAAUCGCAAAUAAUAAAACAUCGUGAAAUCAGUUAAUCGACAAUCCUAAAACGGGAUUCUUUGUUCCAGUAUUGCAAAGCAGUUGAAGGAAGUAGUGUAACAGCAAGAGUACAUGCUGUUGUUGCCCUUCCAACUAGAAACUAAAAAGAAGGGAAAUCAGAAAAGCUCAAGGCUAAAAGAUUUGGAAAUAUAUCCCAGGAAACCCCUUUUUAUAUUCGCUGGGCGGAUAUAACUUAUCGGGCGAGUCAAUAUGGCGCCGCCUAUCGCAACGUUAGCUGCUAUUGUUUUUGUUACAAUUGUGAUUUGUGGAACGAAAUCGGCGACGGGCGAGGGGUGGAUGCACCCACGCAUCCCUCAACUGGAAGUGGACGCCAUGCGUACGGAGUAUAUUGCCCUGGAACGUGCCUUAUGGGAUUAUCUGGCUAAAACGGCCGACAGCCAGAACAACAAGGAAACGCAAAUAAGGAAAGUAUACGAUUCGCAUCGGGAUUUCGAUGCGAAACCCCUAAUGGGUCGCACCUUCGAGGAGCAUCGCUACGAGGUCCUCAAUCACUACGAAUGGUCUCUGCUGGAAAGGGAUCUCAUCUAUAUCAGCAAGCUAUACGAUGCCUACAAGAACACCUUUGUCAAGCAGAACAGUGCACAACUGGAUGAACUGGCCAUUCUAACCCUCUCCCGGGAAAUCCUGCGCAACGAUAAUACCAUCUCGAUGCCACGCAUCGUGCAGGAAAUUGAACGAGUGAUGGUCCAACAGACCCUCUACUACCGGGCCAUGAUAGUGUCGAACAAUCAGAUUUGCAAUACAAUGCAAUCGGCCCAACAGUUUGUGUACUCCCUCUAUGCAGACAUAGCCCUGACCGAACUGAAAGCCUACACUAUGAUGGAGUUCUCGUGGAUGAUGCUGCGGGUUUAUGGCAAGGGCAACUACACACAGGAGGCGGAACUGAUGCGAUCAGACUACGAGAAGAGGACGGAACGCACACUGAAAUUGCUCAAGGACGUGAUGCUUCGGGCGGAUCGUAUCGUUUAUCGCUGCGACCCAGGGAAACAUGUACAAGGCGUCACCUACGACCAGGUCACCCGGCUUCUACAGGGAUAUAUUGAAAACGAGGUGGAUCUGAAUAAUGAGGAAACCUGCCGAGAGACGUGCUCCUUCUACCAGUCCACCCGCAGUGAGGGCUGCUUUAAGGAACUUUACUGUGCCCGCCAGCCAAGAUGUAUGGGUCGUCUGUACAACUGUCAGUUUGUCGACUCCGACAUGUGGGUGUGUCCGUCGCCACAGAACAGCACCAGGCGUUACGAGUUUAUCGAGUACGAGAACGGACGAGUCCUCGGACAGCGAGGUAAAUGCACCAGGGGCACCACCAAGGUGGACAGCUGGUGGCGUUACCUUCUCUGGCACUGCAGCUACUGCUUCUGCCUGUGCGAUGAGCAGGGACUCAAGUCGGAUCGAUUCUUCAACCUGCGGGAUACGAUCGCCGAUGUAAAGCGCAACCGAAUUGUGACUGGCUUGCGUUUUGUGAAGAAAAAUCGAAUUUUCCACCUGCAAAUCCAGGAGGGCGAACUCCUGCCGCGUGGCGCUGUUAAUCAGAGCACCUUGGAGUGGAAGCCUGUGGAGAAUUACAACUUCUUUGAUCGUGAUGUAAAGAAGGGCGCUGACUAUCACAUGUUGAGCUAUGAAAGCCGCUCCAUCGAUCUGGACGAUGUGAACACGGAUGACAAUAGCUUUGUGAUAACCGGCGUGCGAUUCCGUGUGGUGGGUGCCCAUCUGAAUCUAGAGGCUUACUACAGCGAGUUCGACUUCAAAACGGGCCAGCUAAUCCAGCCGGAGAGUAAUAGCUAUUGGAAGUCUAACGAUAAUACCGAUGUCAGCGGAGCACGCAGAGAGAAACUGCGCUUGGAGAACGCCGACGUGUCCACGCGGACAAUCACGUACUCAAUACCUUUGUCGCGACACAAUCAGUACAUCGACUUCACCAACACGGGACUGGACAAGGACGCCGCCCAGAGCACUGUGCCCUUCAUUGACAUCCAGGACGUGGUCUCGAAUCCACCUGUACCGUUAUCCGGCAUUGGUAUUUACUACAAAGGACGCAACGGCUACGGCGGCUUCCUGGGCCCCAAGCUUAUAACCUACGACUAUACGCCCCACGUUCAGGUGCCAAAGAAUAAGUUCUAAAGCGGAUGAAGUCGGAGAGGCGGUGCUGUUCCAUCCCGCACCUAUGUCAUAGCUUUUUUAGUUGUACACUACCUAUCAAUACACACUUGCAAUUACUGUCGCGUAGGUUAAGUGAGAUCAAAGGAGAACGAUACGCAAGAGUCCCAGAAUCGGGCAAGACAAGAAUAUAACUCAAAUUAUAUUGGAAUUUAGCCUUAAAAAAAACAAAUAAAAAGAAUCUGAAUCUGAAUCUGAAAACGCAGAGAACCGAGAAAA